AUGUUGAAGCCUCCGCAGCAGGUCUUCGACCUGCAGUUCUCAGCAUAUGCUCGUCGCGUCGUUCGCCAUCUCACCACAAGUACGACCGAGGCCUUGUUGACUCUCCUGUUUGGCGCAAAGCAUCUUGAAAACAGAAGACUACGCAUGUCUUCAGCUCGGGACACCGCCCAGCGACACAGCGCUCACUUCGGACAGCACGACUGUGGCAUCGCCACCUCGAAGCGCAGAGCACAGGGGGACGGCGAAAACCUGGUGAUUGCGAUUGAGAAGCGCCGUUUCGGACUUGCGGGCUUCCUGCGAAAUGCAUGCGACAUCGUCACGCACGGCCGCGAGCUCAUUUGCAAAGCGCCUCCGCUCCGCACCUGUGCCUUCUUCGCAAAACGCCUUCCGGUCGGGUCCUGCUAUCACCUUCGGCUGUUGUGCAAGGUUUACCCUAGGGGCAUCGGCGAGAGACCACAGAUAGCGGCGAUCCGAAAGAAACUCGUGAUAGUCGGAGACGGCGCAUGCGGUAAGACGUGUCUCGUGAUCGUCUUCAGCAAGGAUCAGUUCCCCGAGGUCUACUUGCCCACCGUCUUCGAAAACUGCGUAGCCGACAUCGAAGUCGAUGGAAAGCAGGUUGAGCUGGCCUUAUGGGACACAGCGAAGCAGGAGGACUAUGACCGGGUGCGGCCCCUGUCGUAUCCGGACACAGACGUGAUCCUCAUGUGUUUCAGCAUCGACUCCCCGGACUCUCUGGAGAACAUCCCGGAGAAGUUGACGCACGAGGUGCGCCACUUCUGCCCCAACAUGUCCAUCAUUCUCGUGGGGAACAAGAAGGACCUGCGCAGUGACCCGCACACGCUGCGGGAGCUUGCGAAGAUGAAGCAGAAGCCCGUGGCACCGGAGGAAAUGCGCACCAUGGCGGAAAAAAUACACGCCUACGGCUACCUUGAGUGCUCUGCCAAGACCAAGGACGGUGUGCGUGAGGUGUUUGAGACUAAAGCGAGGGCCGCCCUGCAGGUCAAGAGGCCGAAGAAGACAAAGUGCGUUCUGCUCUAGAGUUGAAAACCUUUUUUCCCGUUCCCGAUGAGAAGCCAGACUAGGGAGCUGGAGGUGCUUCUGUCGCUGAAGUGUCUUCGCCGCUUUGUUGUGCGCGCCGCCACCUUCUCUACGUUGAAGAAAAAGCUUCAGGGUCACCGUGAGUGACUUUUCGCUUCCUGA